GUCAAUAAUGUCACCAUGUUAUGUCAAAUAGUACACAAAAUAUUGGGAACAAUAUCUUAGUUUUUAAAAUAUUAACUUGCUGAAUCUAUUCGUACUAACUAAAGUGAACCUCUGUCCUAUGGGGAUUUUGAAUUAGAACAAAAAAUACAAGAGAACCCCAUCAGACAAAUACUCUUGGAUUAUAUAAGCUUUGCAAUUAGUCCUAUGUAUUAGGUGAGCUUUAAUUUGACAUGUACUCCAACAAUGCAGCAGCAGACUACUUGCAUUUCCAACCUCUACUAGAGUAUUAGCUUGCAAUUCCAACACACUCCCGUUGCCAGUUAAUUAGCAGUACUUGCAUUACCAAAACCUCUAUCUUCAACUCUUACUUUCAUCAUAUUCCACACACACUUGCUUCCUGCAACAGAAACAGACCAUCACCAUCCACAAUGAAAAAAACAACCAAGAACAGCAGCAAACCUAAAAAUGAUACAAAAAAAAAGAAGAGACAAAGAAGGAACGAAGAACACAGUCAUUCACUGCAUAUUAAACAAAAAACCAUUGAGACUCACAACAAGAAAAAAACAACUGAGAUUCAGAUUGCUUCAUCUAGUAAUCCAACUGAUACCACUGAAAAGUACUACAAGGAUGAUGUAACAGAUAAUGACUCUACAGCGACAUCACCUAAUUUGAAAAGGAAAUAUGUGACAAGGAAGUCUAAGUUAUUAGGGACUCAGAAGGCAUCCUCCGCAGCACAGAAAAGAGCCAAGAUACAGGCAAAACUAGAUGAUAUGCUUUAUAUCAGUGAUCAAUAUUUAUUCAGUGAUAUUAGGAAUCAUCAUUUAUCUGAUGCAGACAAAGAUGAUACUGAUUUUUAUCUCAAUUACCAUCCAGCUGGCCCUGUUGGAUAUGAAGGUGUUUCUCAAGAAUUUCAGAUUCCUAGAUGGAUGCCAAUAGCAUUCAGACCAAGUGAAGAAAUAAAUCUGAGUGACUUGUGUGCUUACACGGCUACCUACAUAUUUAAGCUUGAUCCUGAACAAUUGCUUGGUGAUGAGGUGUUGGUACAAUCAACUACAAAUGUAAUUGGAGAUAGGAAAAGUCUGAAGUCGCUAAUGCCAAAAUGUCAUGUUGAUGAGAAGGUUAUUAAUCUUGUUGUUGCGAGACAAAAUUGGUUGAUAGAUACAAUUGGAAAAAUGAAGUCCAUUUGGUAUAUGCCAACUGAGUUUGCGCAACAUGCCUUGGAGGAACAUAAAGGGGCUGACUAUGUCAGGAAUUUAUACCAAGCUAAUUACAUGACAGCAAGACCAUCUGUUAGCAAAAUGUUUAUUCCAAUGAACGACAAUGGUAACCAUUGGUACCUAAUGAUUGUCGACUUUAUCCAAAGAAAAUUGGUUUGCUUAGACUCUCUGCGUUGUGAUGCAAGAGAGCAUUUUCGUCGCAGGGCAAUUCUGAAAAUGGCCAUAUUUCUGGAGGAAAUCAUAAUGCAUGAAUCUUUUAGUGAAGAUCUGACUCCAUUUUGGCCUGAUAGAAUGAUAUCAAACUACGCCUUACAUGAACCAAAGCAUAUUGCACAACAGAUACCUGAAUCCAAUGACUCUGGAGUGUGGGUUUCUAAAUGGAUGACAGAGUGUCCGUUUAGGUCUGAUUAUGGCAACAUCAUUGCUAAUACUGCAUCAAGGAUGAGAAUUGCCAUUAAUUUGGUGAAAGCAGGUAAUAAUGUGUUGCAUGAAGAAGUUUUGGCAAAGGCGGCUCAGCAUUGGAAAGACGAGGAUGAGAAAGUGGACUAUCUUAAGGUAAAUUGGUAAAGAGUUUGAUGAUUAUUGUGGGUGGUUGUUAUUGUGGGUGGUUGUGGUUGGUUUUGGUUAAACUUUAAUCCGUUGAACAUCAAAAAUGCUACUUGUAUAAGUAGUAUUUGAACAUCAGUUUAUAAACCAUUGUGGUUGUAAACAUGUCAUUUUUAUAAUUUGCAUUUGAUAUGUACCUCUAACUACAUUAAUGCUGCUUUUAAGCAGCAUUUGAACAUCAGUUUAUGACCAUUUCUGGUUGUAAACA